AAAUGGCGAACCCAAGAUUGUUUGUGCUAGACAUGAAGUUUAAGUCCAGAUGGAAAAUGAACGCGUUACAGACAGUCUUGGGUGUCGCUUUUGUUCUGUAUUAUAUAUCAAUGUGCUGCGAGGCGUCUACAAAAUGUGGAUCGUCAGUUUGUGACUUUGGAGUAUGUACAAAUGGAACGUGCAGAUGUUUGCCGGGUUGGACAGGUCAGACUUGCGGACACUGUGUUGGUCGAGUUAGGUUAACAAAAGAGCAUGGUUUUAUUUCCGAUGGUACUGGCAACUAUACUGUAGACUCGAAAUGUGCCUGGUUGGUGGACACGGGUGAAAGAAACCAAACAAUACGCUUUCAUUUGGAAGAGUUCGCUACGGAAUGUGGCUGGGACCAUAUAUUUAUACACGAUGGCGACUCUGCUUUCUCGCCCCUUAGAGCAGCAUACAGUGGUCGAAUGGUUGUGACUAAUGCCUCACACUCUGUCAUGGAGAGUAGAAGUGAGACGGUCGUGUACUCUGGGAAAGCCUAUGUCCAUUUCUACAGCGAUGCAGCAUACAGCAUUGCUGGCUUCAACAUCUCUUAUAGAUUUGGUGAGUGUCCAAAGAAUUGCUCAGGGCAUGGAAAGUGUCAUACUAAUGCUACUGUGGAAGAAUGUGUGUGUACCCCAGGGUGGGGAGGAUCAGCAUGUGACCAGCUGGACUGUAUCAACAGCUCCAGCCCGUGCAGCAUAGUCUGUAUGUGUGAGCAGUAUCCUGACAGGCCUGAUUGUGUAGUCCGUCAGAGGGCAGGUUACUGGGAGCCAGUAGGGGUGGAAAAUCCGCCCCACCCCCGCACAUCUCAUCGCUCUGUGGUGCUGGACAAUUUCAUGUGGGUUGUGGGAGGGUACAACUUUAACCUUACCCCAUUCCAAACCAUCAUCAGGUAUGACUUUGAUAAGAAUAUCUGGGAGUCCAUACAACCCCUGGGUGGGGUCAUACCAGCUAACAGAUUUGGACACACUCUUGUAGGCUACCAGAAUAACUUGUACAUGUAUGGAGGAGUUAUUGGUGGGACAGUGACCGAUGAGCUGUACCUGUUCAACACAACCUCUGCGGGCUGGACACACCUGGACAUGACGUCUGUGCACGUGUCUGCGGACAACCCCUGGAACCUGCCUGUAGUGGUCACUGGACACACGGCUCACGUUGUGGACGAUAUUAUGGUGGUCAUCUUCGGACAUAGCCCAACCUAUGGAUACAUGCACAAUGUGCAGGAGUAUAGCUUUGCAUCUGGCGGAUGGAAAAUGGUGAGCCCAACAGGGGCGCUGGUCAAAGGGACAUACGGUCACUCCAGUGUGUAUGAUGAGGUGUCAGGCCUGAUCUAUGUGUUCGGCGGCAGCUCCAGGGAGACUAAAGAUGUCAAACUGUCAGACCAGCUCAUCGCUUAUGAUGCCCGCAAAAAACACUGGUCUCUGUUAAAGGGAAGCGGUUCACCUCGAUACCUUCACUCAGCAGUUCUGCUAAAUGACACAUUGUUAGUCUUUGGCGGAAACACCCAUGACACAUCAGAGAAGUACAGUACAAAGUGUUAUUCAUCUGAUCUGCUGGCAUAUGACAUGAGCCUUGACUGUGAUUACUGGAAGUUCCUGACCCCACCUUCUGCUGACACUGUAGAGAAACUGGCUAGAUAUGGCCAUUCUUCUGUGGUGUAUAAAGGUGAGGUGUAUAUCUUUGGGGGAUUCUCAGGAGUGAUGAUGAAUGACAUUUAUAAGUACACACCUGGUAACUGUACCAGGAUCCAGGACAAGACUGAGUGCGAGACUGACCAUCCAGGUGUCCAGUGCAAGUGGUCUGAUGGUCAGUGUGUACUGAACAUCAAUAAAACCUGCCCAGACAUAAGCAAACACAAUUGCUCAGAGUUUAGGCUGUGUGUUGACUGUCACGCCAGCUUGAGAGAAUGCCACUGGUGUGAGAACGAAUGCUCAAACAAAGUCUGUUCUGGGGAGUCUCCAGUGAUGAAGAGCUGCAAACCAGAAUACAGUCAUAGAUGUAACCAGAUCUUCAACUGUGAACUGUGUAAAACAGAGAACAACUGUAAAUGGAAUGGCAGCAAUUGUAAUUAUGUGUCGCCAUUGAACAGCACCAGUCACUCUUCCACUUCUGCCAAGUGCAGCGCCCCCUGUGACAGUCACAUCUCCUGUGACAACUGCACUAAAGCCAAAUGCAUGUGGUGCACGAACUUGGAGAGGUGUGUGGAGACAAACUCCUACACGGCCUCCUUUCCGUACGGCAUCUGUCAGGAGUGGUCCAUUGGCUCUAAUCAAUGUUCAAAAACCAUGUGUGGGGAGCUAAAGACAUGUGAUGAGUGCCAUAGCAACCCACGCUGUGGCUGGUGUAACUCCCCAAACAACACUGGCUUGGGCAUGUGUAUGGAGGGCGGAGACUCGGGUGACCUUGAGAAGAACUGUCCAGACAAGCGCUGGUUCUUCACAUCAUGUCCAUUGUGUCAGUGUAAUGGCCACAGUCAGUGUAAGAAUGGCACAAACAACUGUGUGGAGUGUCAGUCCUACACAACAGGUCCUCAGUGUGGCAGGUGUAAGUCUGGUUACUUUGGGGAUGCUAAGUUUGGAGGAUACUGUAAACCAUGUGCGUGUAACGGCCAGACUGACAUGUGUAACACAGAAACAGGGGACUGCUACUGCAGGACUAAAGGCAUCACUGGAACACGCUGUGAGAGGUGCGAUGAUGGAAAUAAAUACCAUGGAAAUGCCACAACAGGAACAUGCUAUUAUACCCUGGCUACAGAUUACCAGUACACCUUUGAUUUGUCCAAGAAAUCAGACACCCAUCUGACGCAGAUAAACUUUGUCAACAUACCCGAAGCUGCUGACCGAGAUGUGGACUUCACUGUCAACUGCUCUUCCAGGGCAAUGAUCAACAUAACCUGGAAUUCGAGGUCUUAUCCAGAAGAACAGCUAGUCAUGUCACCGGUAGCCUGCGGAUUCGUCAAGAGGAAGUUUGAACACAAAUCAUACAACUUUGUUAGCUCGGAAAACACAACCUUCAGGAUUUAUGUCUAUGAUUUCAAAACCCCAUUUUGGCUCCAGCUGACAAUUUCACAGCAGCCACAAAUAGAUCUAGCUCACUUUUUCCUGACUUUCCUUAGUUGUUUCCUGGGAUUGAUGCUGUUAGCCGCUCUUCUGUGGAAGUUCAAACAGAAAUAUGAGAUGUAUCGUAGAAGACAGAGGAUGGUUGUUGAACUGGAGCAAAUGGCCAGUCGACCUUUUGCAUCAGUCUCAGCCGAAAUUGAACCCAAAAUAGAUCCAUACAAUGGACCUGGUGCCCUUGCCAUGAAAAGGGAGCCCCCAGAUGUUAAACGGAAAAAAAUCCGAUCGCCAAACAAGCCAUUCCCAAUAGCAUAUGAGCCAUUAAGUGGCAGUAAGGUAGCUGUGAUAUCCAUGUUAGUGAGGUUACCUACCGGGGACGAAGAUUUUACACCUCCGGGGCAGUGUGGCCUGGCAAUAGCCAGCGCCUUAAUUACACUAGGGAAUCAACGUAAACCCAGCUUGGAGAAAGGAGAUAAAUCCAAGUUAAAGAAGCAUACACAGCUCAGUCAUCCAGACACUUGUAUAUAGCACAAACCCUUGUAUAUAAUGUAAAAUAAGUAUAUGUCAUCAGAGGGAGACAGAGUGAGCGAGAGAAGGAGAGAGAAAGAAACAAAGAAACAAAGAAACACUGAGUUGUCCAGGUAAUGCUUUUUGAUUCCAUGUGUGUGAUUGCCGGUUGUGUGGGUUUUCUCAUGCGACACAUGUGACAUAACAGCUGUUAUCUAACCAGAGCGUGGAGUUUAGCUCUCACAUUGUAUCAUGAAAAACGAAAUGAAAUGCUUGUUAUCAUAUCUUAUUGAUUUUGUUGUAAUAGAUCCCUACAUGUUUCAGUAUAGACUUCCAAACACACCCACGCCUGCAUAUUUAUUAUACCCUUAUCUGGAUGUUGCACAAUCACGACAACGAUGCUUAGUCACCCCAUCAAUUUUCACCAAUCAUUCUAUGCAAAACUCAGAUGGUUCUGAAAUACAGAUGUGAGAGCCAUACAUGAGAUAUACAUGUAGGUGGCUUGAAACCACUUACUGGAAGCCCUCAUAUAGUUAUGUGCAAGUAACUACCAUGGUGAUGCACAUGUAAAUGCCUACAGUCCUGGUAGCAAUGGUAGUUACAUGUAUUCAGAUGUAACAUUGAGAGGGUUUUGUGCGAGUGGACCCUGAACUUUAACCUCGUUUUCCCCAGGUAACUAACUAAACAAGAUUUUUAGCAGCUUAAAAUGUGGAAGAGUUGGUUGUUUGUAUCCAUGUACAUUUUAGACUGAUUUAAUUUAAAAGGUUGCUUCAGGUGCAAUUUCUGUACAGAAAUUAAUCUUGGAGACUGCAUUUUACUGAAUGUCAAAGGAAAUUAAAAGAAGAAAAGACAUACUUUAUUGUGAAUUAUGAAGAAAGUGAGAGUCCAGUAUAUUUGUCAAACUUAGGAUUUCGAAUCAACACUUAUUAUUUUGAGAAGACAUCGUUGGAACACCAUUGCAUAAGCCUCAGAACAAUUUUUGAUUCAGUAUUUGGCCACUGUUGACCAGAUAUCUCCACUGUUUUUUAAACAGGUGGGAGAAGGAGAGACAAAAAUAAUCACGGUCUAUGAAUGUACUGAUGCAAUACCAUAUUAACAUCAUGUAAUUGUUUCCAAUAAAUUGUGGAGAAAUCUGGUUGCCAAGGGAAACAGCUCCUGAUCCGUCAAUUCUGAAACUCACACCUAAAAUCCUGUAUGACUACAGUUUCAUCUUAAGAGCUAUUUUUAUACAUAGAGCAUGUAUGUUAUCUCUACCCAGGGGCAGGUAUUCCCUCUGUCACCAGCAAUAACACCCUCAGGGAUUGUAAACUAGUAUCAGUCGCUCAUUGUACCGACACGACAAAUACAGGAGUGCAAAGUUACCAAUUCUGCAACAUUAUGGUCCCAUGUUGUGCUUUACUUCAGGUCUAUUCCCAGUAUUCAGCUCACUUCUAGAUUUCAAAGCUGUGCUCUAAUUCCUGUGAAGUUGUACAAGAUUCACAUAAAAUUUUUUCUAAAUUUUGAGGGUUACAAUGCUUUCUAAGUUUAAUAGCAAGUAUGAUUGGGUUUUUUCCUGCAGGGAAGUAAUCCCCCAGUCAUGAGCUCUAAGCACAACUGUCAUACUCCUUACAGUGCAUACAUUGUUCACUACCUUUUGCUUUACGUCACUGCCACCAACAGAAGCUGGACCUUUGGAGCCUGGGAGACACAGGUUUAGACUUAGCCUCACUUGUGUCCUCCCAUGGAACUAUUUAAUCAGGAUUCAUCAAUAAAAUUGUUUUAAGUGUUGGUUAGAAUCAUGUUGAAUACUCUAGAUAAAGAGAAUGCAUGUUUAUACAUUAUUAUUACAGACAAGUGUUGAGACGAAUUGUUUGUGUUUUCUGACAACGCGUCCUGCCUGAUCGCCUUAACCCAGUGACCUCAGUGCUGUUCAAGAUUUCUCUACAAAAUUUGCUAUUGGUGACAGUGAUAUAAAGUUAGUGAGCGACGCAUGCGCUGUAAGGAAUAUACAAUUAAACAAUUACACAGAUAGUUCUUUACCCUCGUGUAAAAAUUGUCCACACAAGAUUUGGGAAUUAAGAGAGUUGUAGGACUUUCUUUUGAAGUUACAUCAGUCAUUACAAUUAGCCGAUAAACAGGUUUUUGGUUGAAUUUGGAUUUUUGUUCACACAGUUAAACCACAAGUGUAAAGAGUUGUUACUACUUGUAUUUGUAUAUACUGGUAUUAUAUCGUUCAGCGUAGCAGUUGUUACCUGUUCAUAAUUAAACUGAUUAAUCAGUAUUAAGCUCUUUGUAGCACAACCAGAUCCGCUCACUAUACAUUGCAGUAUGCAUGUAUGUGGUGUUUCAGCUGCUGUACCAAUAAGGCAAUGUUUUUUUUUUUUCACCGGACUUUUCCUUUAAAAUGUUUGGUUUUGAUGUGUGCAAUGCCAUACACCUGUGUUUUUUAAGCCAUGCUGUGUACAUCAACUUAAUCUGUCUAUUUUGAUAGUUCUAAUCAUGCACAACUUUAGUAGAAUUAUUGUUUUUGUAAUAAUGAACUAAAUCUGACUGCUGUAUCUACAGGAUUUAUGCAGGAGAAAAUUUCUUAAACUUGAUAAAAUUGUUGAAACUAUCAUGUUCUGCUCAUAUGAUUAUUUAGCGAAAAGAUUUUAAGGGUAUAAAACUUUCAUCUCUUGUCUCCGUUUGUUCUUAGAAUGUCUUUUGACCUUUUAUUUACACCAGUUAGCAAGACUGUAUGAAAGGUAACAUGUUGGCUGAAAGAGAUCCUUUACCAUGAAAUAAUUGAGUAACAACAGCUCGAUGAUCUAAAAGUUAGGGAAGGCAAGUCAUGCCUUAUUUCUUUGACCAGUUUGACUGUUCUUACUGUUGAAUGUUUGAUAUAAAACCAGUAAUUUUUUGCGAAACACAGCUGAAGUUUGAAAACACCAAAUGAUCAAUAACAGUUAAGUAUAAUAUUAAUGUUAAAUACAUAUCACCAUUGUCCUAAAAUCUGUAGUUUACAAUAUGCAGCAAAGCAAAGGUGUCAUCUUUAAUUUGAACGAGGGGGCUAGCACACCAGUGUGGCGCUAUGACCCAGGAACCUCUCACCAGUGCAGUCCCUGUGAGUUCAAGUCCAACUCAUGCUGGCUUCCUUACUUGCGGUACGGUGGUUGUGGGUUUCCUCCCACCAUAAUGUUCUCUGCCGUGGUAUAAAUGAAAUAUUCUUGUGUACGGCGAAAAACACCAGUAAAAUAAAUAAAUAAUUUGAACGACAUUCAUCAGUCUUCGUGAAAUACAAAAUGCACCUCUGAUUCUGUUCUGACUUAUUAUCAUUUUAACACUUAGAAACUGCUCAAAAAUGCAUUCUGCAUGUGUAUAUAUAGCCUGCUGACUGUAGACUACAUGUAUAAUGUAUUCAGCAAAUGUGUAGAUCUGCUUUCAACAGUAUACACCUGUUUCCAGGACACACAUUAUGGAUACCACAUAGUAUAUAUUGUAGCAGAAAGGAAAUAUUUUCAAUUUAUGCUUAAUUUUUGUAUUUUUAGUUUGUAUGAUGAUCAUGUAUUUAGCCAGAAUUCACACAUUCAUCUGUCACGUAGGUAUAUUUCAUUGUAUUCAUAUCACUGUUUACUAUAUUUGUGUAUACAUUUACCUCACAAAAAUACUGUAGUUAUUACAUUGGGUUAGGAACAAUGUUUGUAAUAUGAUAUAUUGCACUUUAUGUCCAUGUGGCAUACACCUCUUAGAUAUAGGCUCACAAGUAUUGGCAAAUAGAGUAUUGGCAUUUAAGUAUUGCAAAUCCUGAUGGUCCAGGUGCUUAUUCAUUCUUGUAACGUCACCCAUAUCCUAAUGCAAUACGAGAACAAAUCUAAAUAUGUUAUUAGAAUGUGUGUGUGUACUUUAAUCUUGGACUUAUCUGUUAUGUUAGUCCCAGCUUUAAUGUAGCCUAAUAUUUUUGCAUGCAUUUAGAGCAGAAGAGAGAUAGCUUAAAAUAAUCUGAUUUAGGUGUGUUUGAGCAUGAGCUUUUUUUGGAAUGGAAACUAUAGACCAAUUUGAAGAUUUCAACAUCACUGGUAACAUAAGUGAUUCUCUGUGAUAUAUCACCCUUCCCCCACUCACACCAAAAGACCCCCCACCCCACCCCAUAUUCCCUUUUCUCGAUCCACACUGAAUACAUCUACUGUGGUACUCUUCUGAUAAGGUAUCUGGUAAAGAUGUUUUUUUUUUCUUUCAUUACACUGUAUGCAUACUACAAUAGUUUGUAAAAGACCAUUGUAUGUCACAAAUUAUUAACUAUACAUUAGUGUUACGCCCUCUGUAAGGCCUUUAAAUUUAGAAUCAUAGCCCAUCUCCAUGUCCGCUAAAUAAUAUGCUAAAUAUAUAUAUAUAUAUAUUAUAUUUUCUACCAGGCUCUUCAUACAUUGUUACAAAGUGGUAGAAGGUCUCAACACAAUAAUAAAAAAGAAACUUUUUAGAUAGCUACAUAUAUACUGCUAAUUAUUAAUUUACUGUUUUUCUUAAUUCAAAAACUUGAAACUUUCAUUUAAUGAAAAGCACUGUUUCACAGGGCAGGGCCCUAAAAGCUUUGGAUUACAAUUUAGUUAACGUGCUGUUAACUUGGAACAUGUAUGGAUGUGGGUUAUAAAGUUUUUGGUUUUAAGGUUUAAACCUAAUACUAUACACGCUGGAAGCUUUUGUAGACUGGUUGGCUCUUAGAAUUAUAUACUUAUUGGGUCCCAAAUUGUAGGUCAGAAAUUGAUUUUGAUGCAGUCAGUGUGUCUUUAAAUUACUUGGGUACUUCAAGCUUGCUGUUUGACCACAGUUGAAUUAUGAAAGUUGAUAUAUAAUUUGUUUUAUUAUUGUAUAUAAUAGAGUCUGGCAAACUAGCUAUCUGAUUAAUCAAGAGACAUUCAAGAUUUUUCAUCAAGUUAUGCAAGCAAGGAUGAUCUGCCUCAGCAGUAUAGAUCUGUUUGCUAAGCUACAAAUAUUCAGUCAGGGAAAAAGCUGAACUCACUGAAGUCAGAUCUAGCAGCUACUCCCUGACUUCACCCCAUCCAGAUUGGAAGUCGCACCUUGUCCCAGCCAGCCUGUCUGGUGAAACUUCAUUGGCUGGACAGGUCAUAUCUUUGUACCAAUCAGAAUCAUUGUUUCAGUAUACAAACGUCAAGGGAAAGAGAUUUCACCUCUAAGAAUAUAGAAGCAGGUUCCAGAUUGGACAAAGUGCAGGCGGGCUAACAGUAGCUGUUUCUUCAGUCCAAGUUAGAGAAAAGGCAGUACAGGGACUGGUAACCAGAUCGCCCUGCAAGUGCCCUAACUCCCCAACCUUUUCGCAUAUGAAAGAGCAACUUUCAGUGGAAUUUGUGCAAUUUUUUAAAUUUUAUUUUGGAUACAAAACUACAUUGGUUGGAUUGGCCAGUGUACAGGCUUCACAAAGUGUACAAUUUUAUCAGUGAAAGCAGAAUAAUGCCAUCAGAAUAUGCUUGAAUAAACAAAUUGCAAACAUGAAAAAAGGUUGAAGAAUUACAAUAGUUUGGGAAAAGUGAAAUUGUGCUUAUGUUUUAAAAACACUGACUUUGUACAUAUUGAGAAUGUUGUAAACAUUCUCUGAUGGUGUGUUAGGUAAACAGUACUGUUUGUGAUAGUAUAAGCUACAGUGAAUUCUUGUGAAAUAAGAAAAACACUUAUAAGGUCCCAUUGUACCAAGUGCAUAUCUGUAGAUACUUGUAUAUAUCUUAUGGUGCUUACUUUUUGCUGUACAUUUCUGUAUAUAGUGUAAUUACCCAAUCAACCAUUGGAGACUUGUUGUACAUUAGUGAUUCGUCAAACUACAGUAAUUUAUUAACAUGUGUUCAGAUGGAUUGUUUUAUGUCGUAUCUCCAAAUCUUUGAAAAAUAAAUGAUACUAC